AUGAUGGCAGGAAUGCAAAUCCAGCUGGUAUGCAUGAUACUCCUGGCUUUCAGCUCCUGGAGUCGGUGCUCAGAUUCAGAAGAGGAAAUGAAAGCAUUAGAAGCAGAUUUAUUGACCAAUAUGCAUACAUCAAAGAUCAGCAAAGCAAGUGUCCCCUCUUGGAAAAUGACUCUGCUAAAUGUUUGCAGUCUUGUAAAUAACCUCAACAGCCAAGCUGAGGAAACAGGAGAGAUUGGUGAAGAGGAGCUUCUUACAAGAAGGAGAACCCCCAUUGCUUUAGAUGGCUUUAGCUUGGAAGCAAUGCUGACAAUAUACCAGCUCCAAAAAAUCUGUCACAGCAGGGCCUUUCAACACUGGGAGCUAAUUCAGGAAGAUAUUCUUGAUACUGGAAAUGACAAAAAUGAGAAGGAAGAAGUCAUAAAGAGAAAAAUUCCUUACAUUCUGAAACGGCAGCUGUAUGAGAAUAAACCUAGAAGACCCUACAUACUCAAAAGAAGUUCUUAUUACUACUGA